CCCACUGACGCUCAAACUGACGCCCGCUCCUUCCUAACUGAGGAGAUGAUCACAGAGUUCAAGGCCGCCUUCGACGAACGGAGAUGGUUUUAUUGACCGGGAGGAGUUUGGAGACAUCCUCCAUAUGACCGGAGAGCAGGUCACAGAGGAAGACAUUGAUGAGAUGUUUGGAGAAUCUGACACAAACAAAGAUGGAAAAAUAGAUUUUGAUGAGUUUCUGAAGAUGAUGGAAAACGUCCAGUGAGGAGUCCUGCUUGACAUUCCUUUGUGAGAAAAUAAAAGCAAAGAUAAAACUCUGAACACAAACCUGAUGCGCCACGGAAAUGGGUGUAAAUUAAAUACCCCACCACCACCACCUACCCCCCCACUCAGYCCUCUUCUUCUUCUCACAUGAAGCUCAGAGAGUUGUUGGGGAUAUUUAUAAGUACGAGUUCAGACCUUUUAAGCUGAAGAUGGUUUUCCCUGGCGGAGCACCCAGCUGUCCUGCUGGCAGCUGCCUCCUGUUUUACCUUCAGAACUGUUCUAACCUGAUCUAAGCUCCUAAUAAAACAGAUUUGCUCCUCGACUUUUGUUGUUCCUCUGGCAAAUUAAUCUGCAUGCCUUACCUGUCGACUCUUUGCUCUGUCUCACAUUUCCUAUGAUUCAGACUUUAGUUUCUGGUUCUCAAACACACCGCCUCAGUUAAGUUCGUGCACAACUGUGCUGUCAUCUUGGUUUUUAUUGCCUGAUGGCUUCACUGUUUCAUCUGACACAAGAAAACUAUCAAACCUGGCAAAAAAAUUU